UCAAACAGCACAGGCUGGUUUUCAACUCACUAUGUAGCUGAGGUUACCCGUGAAUUCCUAAUCCUCCAAUCUCUGCCUCCCAGUUUAACCCACAGUCAACUAUGGGUAUUUAACCUUCUUAGGACUAGACCAGCAAAGCAAGUUGUUCAUACUGUCUCACAAUUCUCACAAUCAAAUAUUUACUAGAUAUUGUUACUCCUUAGGCUAUCACAAAAAACAGUCAGGCCCACAGCUCUACAUUAAACCUACUUCUAUGAACAUCUUCCAGUAAUAGACAGUACUAGAUGUAUAGUUGCAAUUGUCUAAACCACAGUCUUGCAAUCAGGAUCACUUCUGUGAAGACCCUCUUCCAAGCAAACAACACAAGAAACACUGUGCAGCCAGCCUCUGUCACCAACGAAUUUUUGUUUCAGCACAAUCUAUAUGCAUUUCUUUUUGCCUUAAACGUUUUAACUUGUCUCAGUCUCAGAUGUAUCUGUCACAAUAUACAUAUCCUGGGUUGUAAUCACCUGCAUAGUCCCAAGUAAAUUCACUUCCUGGAGAGUGUCUCUGCUAUUAAAAUGCAAAGAAACCACACUUCUAAUGUGAAAUCAUUCAUUGAAUUUCCUGUAAAAAGCUUCUUGAUGAAUGUAUAAAACAAAGUUAUACUUUUGUAAACUUGUUGCACUUAGUAACAAAUCUCUUGCUUUAGCAUGAGUAUUCAAUUGAAAUCCAUUUUCUUUAGCAAAACCCACCAAAUCUUCCAACUAGUAUUUAUAAUAUACUUUACUUUUCCAGUCUUAUGAAUAUAAACAACAGUUGAGUUUUAGACUUUUACUACCCUUAGGACACUCAAUUUACGUACUGGAUAAAGGUCAAGGUGCUUUUGUGACGUAGCUGGGGCUGAGGGAAAGCUGAUGCGCGCGCUCCACCUGCCCUCUUUUGCCGCGGCCGUGGGAAUGGAUACACCUGCCCACGUGCACAAAACCCGCUGGCCAUGACAACGACUACUACCACCGUAACCGCGGUACGCUCCAUCUCCUGGCCUGCUGACACUCUGCGCUUUUCCUCUCACAAUCAGCUCACGGGGAUGGCCACAACCAGUCAAGGGCCCUUUGACACAUAUGAGGCACUGGAUCUUACAGAAUUUGCCAAAAAACAGCCUUGGUGGCGAAAGCUCUUCGGGCACGAGACGAGGCCUUCAGGUGACAAGUACAGCGUGGCAACCCAGCUCCUGAUCGGCGGUGUCACUGGCUGGUGCACUGGCUUCAUAUUCCAGAAAGUUGGGAAGCUGGCUGCCACAGCUGUGGGAGGGGGCUUUUUUCUCCUUCAGCUUGCAAAUCAUACUGGCUACAUCAAAGUUGACUGGAAUCGACUAGAGAAGGACAUGAAAAAGGCCAAGGAGCAACUGAAGAUUCGGAAGAGCGCCCAAAUACCAAACGAGGUCAAGAGCAAAGCCGAGGAGUUGGUGUCCUUUGUAAAGAAGAAUGUUUUAGUGACUGGAGGAUUUUUAGGAGGCUUUCUGCUCGGUAUGGCAUCCUAAGGGGUAUGGCUUCACUCCCACUGCUCAGCAGCCUCUACACACCAUCGUAGAAAAAUCCAGACUCUUUCUUCCUCCUCUGCACGCCUUCCUCCCUGUUGUAAAUUUGAACCACUUUCAUGCGCAUUUGCCCAUGUAAGUUAACGAAGGUCCUCCCAUGGGCUUGACAAGCCCUGGGGAAGCACACUCUCCAUCUGGAGGCAAACAAGAAUGGUCCUUUUCCCAUGUGUAAAAUCUGUCCCAAACCAUCUUUAAGAUCUGUCCCUAACAGUCGAGCUGGAAGAGCGGUGCACAAUUACCUUACUAUGCGCUAUGUGGAAAGGAGCUGAAGGUAUCUGACUUUGAGCAUGGGAAGAAAGAAAAUAAAGCAGGGACAGUUGUGGGAGUACCAUACACUAGCCAGCUACUUUAGGGGGACAGUGUCCUUACAGAAUUUACAACUAAACUGAUGCUUUUCCUCUUGACAGCUACUAUAAUUAUCAUAGUUAUCUUAGCUCGGUGUUCAGAAGUAUGACACUCUUCAA